GGGGCGGGGCUUUUAGAUGACGGACAUAUUUUGGUUUCUUUCAUCUGCGCAAUAGUGUUUUUCUUUCUUCAAUCCGGGUAAAAAGAAAAGGUGAAUUAAGACCUCAACAAGAAAGGAAACCAGAAGUCAUCCUCCUUUUUACAUCUAAACAGCAGGGCUGUGCUCUCAUCACCCUCACUCACUCUUCCUCACCCUGUCUCAGAUAAUCCUCAUCGUCCUGCCGCUGAGAUGUCGACUCCAGAUGCAGCAGGCACUCCUGGAGCUCCCGGGGGUCCGGAAGGUGAGGGAGGCCCUCCGGCUCCGGCCCCAAACCUGACCAGCAACAGACGGCUUCAGCAGACGCAGGCACAGGUGGACGAGGUGGUGGACAUCAUGCGUGUGAAUGUGGACAAAGUCCUGGAGAGAGACCAGAAGCUGUCAGAACUCGACGACCGGGCCGACGCCUUGCAGGCCGGAGCCUCACAGUUCGAGAGCAGCGCCGCCAAGCUCAAGAACAAGUACUGGUGGAAAAACUGCAAGAUGAUGAUCAUGAUGGCAGUUAUAGGAGUUAUAUGUGUCGGCGUCGUCUUCUUAUAUUUCUUCCACUGAGCCACUUUUCAAGAAUGGAGAUGCAAGUCCCAGGACGGGUCUGCACCAGCGAAUGCUACUGCACCAAACCGAGUCUUUCCUCAGCCCUCCUCCUCUUCCUCAGCGAGGUCUUCCUCAGUAACCUCUAUGCAUGGGUCUUCCUGUCCUCUUUGCAUUGAGCAGGUUUAUAGAUUAAAACAAAGGGUCACUAUAAUCACUUGGUUUUGUUUGGGUGAGUUGUAGUUUAUGGAUUAAGAUUUAUGACAGAAAAAUUAGCCAACUUGACAUAACCGCUGUUUUAUCUAAAUCUACUUCCUGAAGAUGGCAGGAAGUGAUGUUUUAGAUUCAGUCAAGAAUCAGUUGAGUUCCUUCUGUCUCUUUCAAGAGUAUUAAGAGCUGUAACCUUUAUUUCACAGAAACCAUUGUCACACAAUAACUAAUUAGUAGUUUCAUAAAUAAUAAUAAAUUGACAUGGUCAAAAUCAUGUCAAUCUUUACUUGAUUUUUGAAUUCUGAAGCAGCUUUGAGCAUUGAGUUGUAACAGAAUCACAGCAUGUCAUUGACCGAUAAACCAGUUGUGUUUCCUACAAGAUAAUGUCCUUCCAGUCCUUGCUUAUGUGAAAAUGUCAUGUUUUGUGUUGAGCCAAAGAUAACCACAGAUUAGAAUUUUGCUCUUAAUACAAAGAAAUGAAGUUGUGCACCUGGUAAAACUAACAUCUAUAUACAUGAUAUGGUUUACUUUUGAGCAACACUAAAAAAACAGCCAUACCUAAAAUAUAUUGCUGCAUACGAUGUUAAAACAUGGCUGAAACUCCUAACCCUUGCUGCAUGUCAUUGUCACUCUGUUGGUGCUGCCACUGAUUUUAAACACAACCUAACUUCUGUUUGAACCGUUUCUUGUUUGCUUUCACCCAUCCUGUGUUUAAAUUCUGUGUUGUGAGUCGACUUGUCGUUUCCAUGCUUUGGAUGUCCAACACAUUAGUUCCCAGAACUUUUGUGAUGAAUUUUCCUAGAUGAAAACACUAAUUUAUGCUAUGUACCAUUGAAAUGAAUACAUUUAAUUCCAGACUGAAUGGUUGACAAAAUUCUAAUAAAUUAAUAUUUGCUUUCAA